UCUGAUCCAACUGUUUGAAAUUUCCUUCACCUAAUUUCGCUGCAAAGCUUCUCUGGCAGGCAGAUUUGAACGAUUCCUUCCGUCAACGCAAAACCAUCCGGAUUUGCUUGUAGGGUAAACAACGUCGGUUGAUUUGAUCGAAAGCCCUUUACUUUUUGGAAGGGAAAGUAGGGUUCUUGGUGAAGACGAUGGAGGCCAUUAGCAGGGCGAGCUUGUUUCAGUCGUCGAAUCGUGUAAUCAGAGAUGAAAGUAUCGUUUCCGUGUUCCCGAGCAGAUGGAGGGGUGUGAGACUGAAGCCUGUGAAGCUCAGAUCUUCGAUUUCUUUGUCAAGGAGUGAUUUUUAUGGCAAGAGGAUCGUGGCGACCCGAUCUGAGGGCAUCCCGAGGAGACCCAGCUCCCGGGCCUUUUCUGUUGAUGCCCAGAUGAUACAGGGCAACCUAGGGCUUGCAAAAGCCCAGAAAUGGUGGGAGAAGGGCCUGCAGCCGAACAUGAGGGAGGUGACUGGUGCACAGGAUCUUGUAGACUCUCUGCUAAAUGCAGGGGAUAAGCUCGUGGUCGUGGAUUUCUUCUCGCCGGGGUGCGGUGGCUGUAAGGCUCUGCACCCGAAGAUAUGCCAGCUGGCGGAGAUGAACCCGGAUGUUCAGUUCCUUCAGGUGAACUAUGAGCAGCACAAGUCCAUGUGCUACAGCCUCAAUGUUCAUGUCCUGCCCUUCUUCCGGUUUUAUAGAGGAGCUCAGGGGAAGGUUUGCAGCUUUAGCUGCACCAAUGCUACGAUCAAGAAGUUCAAGGAUGCAUUGGCUAAGCACUCUCCUGACCGAUGCAGCCUUAGCCCCACAAAGGGUCUGGAAGAGAAGGAGCUCCUCGCCCUAUCUGCCAACAGGGACUUGUCCUUUACCUACACACUAAAAUCGGUUCCUGUUCCUGAGCAGGAGGCAGCUGUUCCAGAACCAGCACCAUCUCACCCAAACUCGGACACUCAGCUUCCACUUCCUCUGGGAGGUCUACCGUCUGCUCAAGAGUCCAAGGAGAAGAGGACUCUAGUCAAUUCGGGGAGAUAAUGCGGGACAGUUUUUAAACAGUCCCCUUCAUCUACGUGACUCCCCUGUACAGUCUUAUUUUUUUCACGUGCUUGUAUCACUAGGUACGGUGCCCCUAGUAAGCUCACCGAGGAGUUGCAGGCUUCUGGAUUUAUUUUUUGGGUCCAAGCUUGCUUGAAUAGUGGGGCUUAAGAUAAAUUAGGUAGGCUUGUUUCCUAUUUCCUGUUUUAAUUAGAAUGAGGAAUGCCAAUUGUGGCCCUGCUGUAUAUCUAUAUGUUCCAGUUGUGUUUUCUGAUUCUACUAUCAAAAGGAUCAUGUUCAGUGUAAGCAAAGUUUUUGCUUCCUGUUCGCUGGCAUUGAUGUAUGGAAUGGAGAAUAUUAAGUUAUCGACAUUUUAAGCUGGUAUCGUGAGAUUUGUGGAA